GGGGCUGCUGGGUAAGGAGGGUGAAGCCGACGCUGCCGCUUCCGCCGUGAGGAGGCCUCGCCAGGAGUAAAAAUGGCGGAGUCGGUGCUCGAAGUUGUAGGGAAGCUGCAGUCGCGGCUGUCGGGCAAUUCGGAGCCGAAGAAGCUGAUGAAGAGUUUGAAGAGGCUUUCCGAGUUACCCAUCACGGUUGAUAUUCUUCUGGAAACUGGAGUAGGGAAGACUGUGAACGGUUUACGGAAACACGAGCAGGUGGGAGAUUUUGCCAAGAACUUGGUGGCGAGGUGGAAAAAGCUGGUGCCAGUCCCAACAGAGGCAGAGCGGCACAGUAUUGAACCUGUAGACCGUAGCUGUGACCGAAGCAUCUCUAAGAAGCGGCAGCGAGAUCCUUCCCCCAAAGAAGAGGAAGAGGUUGAGCAGGACUACCUGGAAACGUACCAGCCAUCUUGCAGUCAGGCCUACCAUCCGGAACAUGGGGCAAAAAAGCCCAAGAGAUAUUCUGAGCCUGAGCAAGCCCAUCAGACUGUGAGCUAUGGCGUUCCAGAGGAAAGGACAUGGGACCGAGAGUCCCCAUUGCUUUCUGACCAGGAAUGCUCCGAUUAUGGGCAUACAGCCUCCCCUGAGCCAAGCGAGAGCCCUCAGGAACUAUACAUGGACCUCUGUAGAACUGAGGAACAGGAAAAGGCGCAGAAAUCUCUGCACAGGAAGGCCAAUAAAGGCCACAGCAUUCAGGAUAGGCAAGAGGGGAACCACAGUAGGAACUUUAUUGACUCCCAGGACAAAACCAGCUCAGGUCGGAGCAAAGAGCAUAAAUCUUCUCACAAGGAGAAGCAGCGACCUGAUGCCAAGGGUGAGGACAGGGCAGUUUCAUUUAGCCUUGACCGGCUGCAUAAGAGCUCCUCCAAAGAGCCCUCCCGAGAAACUGCUUUGAUUGGCAGCAUCAAGGAGAGGCCAAAGGCCUUGGACAGCUCAAAGCGAGAGAAGAAAAGGGAAGGCAGCAGUGCCAAGAAGGAGAAACUGCACCUUGACUCAGAGGAGGUGUUGGACGAACGUGUGAAGAAGCCAAAGCACUCAGAUGCUGAGAGAGCCAAACCAGAGAAAGUGAAGGCUGGUGACCGGGAGAAGCAAAAACUCGAGGGGGAUUCCUCCACUAAGAACAAGGAGAAGAAAUCUUCCAGCUUAAAAACUUCAGAAAGCAAAUCCAAAGCCUCUGAGUCGCACAAAAGAACGGUAGACUUCUCACUUCCAAAUCCUGGGGAGGGAGAAGCAGAGGAUGUGUAUGAGCAGCCCACCAUGUCCUUCGAGUCAUACCUGAGUUAUGACCAGCCCCAGAAAAAGAAGAAGAAGGUGGUCAAGCCCCCAGCCCCUGUCCCUGAGAAAGAGAAGGACAAAGGACAUGGCAAGCAGAAUGGUUCCAAGGCGAGUGCUAAGAGUGCUGAUGCUAGCCGAAAACCUCACAAGCAGGCCAGUGAAAAGAAGCCAUCUGGGGUGUCUAAAGCAAAAAAGAUCCUCAUUGAUGUGGUGCCAACGCUCCCUGAUAUCCCUUUGCCUCCAAUCCAGGCCAACUAUCGCCCACUUCCUUCACUUGAAUCAAUUCCCCUUGCCCAGCCAAAGAGAAAAGCUCUGUCCUCCCCUACUGAAGAAGAUGAGGCAGGCUUCACAGGCCGCAGGCUGAAUUCGAAGAUGCAAGUAUACUCGGGCUCCAAGACUGCCUACCUUCCAAAGAUGAUGACUCUGCAUGAGCAAUGCAUCAGGGUCCUCAGCAAUAACAUUGACUCAAUCUAUGAAGUGGGGGGUGUUCCAUACUCUGUACUGCAACCUGUCUUGGAGCGUUGCACCCCAGAGCAGUUGUACCGCAUAGAGGAGUGUAAUCAUGUUUUAAUUGAGGACACAGAUGGAUUGUGGCACGUUCACUGCGUUCGUGAUUUCAAGAAGGAGAAGCCGGAGGAGUUUGAGUCAUGGAGGGAGAUGUACUUACGCUUGCAUGACGCCCGAGAGCAACGGCUUCUCAUGCUAACCCAAAACAUCCGAUCAGCUCACGCUAAUAAACCCAAAGGCAGAGUAGCCAAGAUGGCUUUUGUUCAUUCAGCAGCCAAACCGCCCCGGGAUGUGCGACGGAGGCAAGAGAAAUUUGGGACUGGUGGAGCUGCAGUUCCAGAAAAAAUCAAAAUAAAGCCAGUGUUGUACAUGUCAGCUAAAAGCAGCAACGUUCCUGCAGAAGAGGAGCAGUCUUAUGACGGACCCAGCACUAGUGGCGGCCACUCAGGUCCAUCUGUGGGCAGCACCUCCUCAGUUAGCUAUGACCCCAGAAAGCCCCCUGUGAAGAAAAUUGCACCUAUGAUGGCAAAAACUAUUAAAGCCUUCAAGAACAGAUUUUCUCGGAGAUAAGAGCACCCAUCUGGGAGCAAGAAGGGAACUCUCCUCUUCAACAGCAACAGUGCUUACAAGAAAAUGGGGAGGGGAUAAGGGUGGUCUAGCAUCUCCCAAACCCUAUUUAAGACCAACAGCACAGUAUUGUUCAAAGAAGCCCUCCAGUUCUUUCACCUGCUCCCAACAAACUUCAGCCAUCAGCCCAGAAUUUUAAAAAUGUGAAGUCUUGGCACUUGCUAAGAUCGGAAGGUCCACAGACCAUUGCUCUUUCUUCAGUCUCUUUCUGUCUGGACUCUGGAAUGAAAAGGAAUACUUCCUUCCUCUACCUACAGUGUUUUGUCUUUGGACUUUUCCAUGUUAAAAAUCCAGAUUUCACUUGGAGAAUUCUCUCUCUUUUUUGCAAAUACUGUUACAAAAGAAAGGCUUUUACGGUGACUCUAGCUGCUGUUUUUUCAAGCCCUGUUUUGAAUCUGAGAUCACACCAGAGGAUUGCCAGCCCUCUGUCCAGUCGUCCCUAGAGCAUCGCUUCCUCGUCCUCUCCUGUUUUUUAAUCCCACCUUUCAAAUGUUUCCUUCAUUCCUAAAACCCAUACACUAGACACAUGUCAAUUUGGCCUUUCUGUAUUAUGGACACCAGGAACUGCUGGAAGAAAUGCUCUUCUGUUCAUUUGGCCAGAACAGUAAUUGAAAACAACAACCAUACAACCUCCCACUUCUCCCUUUUUAAAAUUCAUAGGAAAAAAGAAAACAGCACAAAAAUUUGAGAGGAGAAGCACUCAAGAGGUGAGGGAUAAAUGUCACUUUGCACAAAUCAAAUUUUUAAGCACUCACCUGAGUUUUAAAUUGAUCUCUACUACUGAAACCUGCAUUUAUUAUUGUUAUUAUUUUUUAAAAGGAAUAGUAAUGAUUUAUCCUUUUGAGGAUUUGGUUUCUCCUCCCCUCUUCAUUUGUGAACAAGAGAUGUCUCUUAGAAUUUUUUUGAUUUCAGACCCCUUUUCAGUUUUGGUGGAAGUAUCUUCUGACUUUUAAAAACAAAGAACUGGCACUUUAACUCACCAGGCCCCUAAAAGGAACUUCAGUGACGUGGAGUAAUUUUACACUCUGCUUUGGUUUUUACAUCAAGCUACUUGAUGGGAAGAGGAUGAUGUGAAACCUCUUUCUGUCACUUUCUCUCGGUGCUGAACGGCACCUUGUCUUGUAAAAGGAAAAAAUAAUAGAGGCAAUGGAUUUUGCCUGGCUGAGAUUAGCAUCUUGGAGAACUGAGUGGGGAUUGGCACAACCUUUCACUUCAGAAGAGGCCAAGGGAAACAGUGCCAGGAGUUCCAACUGUCCUGCUGUCCGAGCAGAUUUUGAGGACACUGCAUUUCUUUGGGCACUGCUGUUUUAGCACUACAGGGGGCCAAGAAACUAAAAAUACUGUGUUUCUUUUUCUGGACAGUGGAGAGUUGCUGGGAGGGAUGGAGAAAAUCCGUUUGGGAAGGCUUAGUGGCAUAUUUUUCUUGGUACCGUCGGUAAAUGGACUUUCGACUCUGGAGAGGUUCUGAAGGAGCCUAACCUUUUUCUUGCUCACCAGAGAGAGGACAAGAUCCUCCCCCAAUGCCACUCUCAUAAACUCCAGCCUUUCACUGAUGCGCCACACUUCCACCGACUGAUGAAGGGUGACAGUAGCCUUUGCUGGAAAGGACCUGCUCCCUUUUAAAAUGGAGAAUUCCUCAAGACGCGGGGCUGGAGAUCCACAGGAUGUUGUCUGUCCAAACUUCGUCCCUUGGGAGUUUGACAAAUGGGAUCCUCGUUCCCUCUCACACUCUUUGGAGCUGAUUCCAAGUCCCCGCAAGCUUUAAUGACAUCGUGUAGCAUUUCAAGGUGUGUUGUGACGUUGGAUUACAAAAAAAAUGCUCCUUUCCCCCCACCCCUACCCUUCCUUUGCUGUAUUUAAUUUUGCUGUAUUGAUUUAGUUCAUUACAUAGAUAAUCUUCUGCCAACCGUUGUCCUUAGUGUAUUGUUUCCUUUUAUAACUGGCAAAGGGGUUCAGACUGUUGGGUGAGGAAGAGGGAACAGAAUAGUUCUGAGCCACUGAAGAAAGAGCACUGAAUGUCUCUGCUGAAUUCUCACUCUCCCUAAAAUUUGGGUGCCUGGUAUUUGACCCUGGAAAUGCUCCCCUUUGUUAGCCACAAAUAGGAAGGGAACACUGACCUAUUCCCCCCCCCCAUCCUUUUCUCAUUCACAUUGGGUUCUUGCAUUCCAAAAAACAGCCUCUUGGUGGUAGUAGUUCUGUAUCUGGUUUGGUGUGGGGCUGCUUUCCCCAAUGGGAGGACUGUAGGCCCCAUCAUCCUCAGCAAUGUUGACAAAGGAUGAUGGGAAGGUAGCAGUCCAACACAUCUGGUUUGAGGAAGGCUGAUACAGGGGAAUCCUCACAACUCAAGUGAUACAGCAUGAUGUGGCUGCACUUUGCUGGGCUGACGUAUGCAGUUGCUCAUUUGUUUCUGAGCACUAGGCAGUUGGGUGGGUUUUUAUACUAGAAAUCCAAGUUUUCUUCCCCGCUGCCUGUUUCUGUUUCCAUGUUGGUGGAGGUCAAUGCCAGGAGAGAGAGGGUUGCUCAUGGCACUGUUGGUAGUGCAAAUGUCUGUGCCACUGGGGUUAUCCCGCCUUGUGAAAUUGGGUCAUUUUACUUGAUAAUUCCCCCCUCCCUCCACCUGUCAGUAUUUUGGAAUAGUUUGACAGCAUCUUUCCAACGAAAGAUGCAGUAGCGCACCUGGUGCAACUUGUAAUUCCAUGGUACUGGGAUAUAUAUGUAUAUGUUUUUUUUCCUCAAUGGUAAAAAAAGAAACCCAGUGGGAAGGGGGUUAGAAAUUUGCACACGGCCCAACCCAUUUACCCAGCUUUCAAUGCAUUUCUUCUUUUAAAUGGAUGGGUAACAUGUUAAAAGAACCUGUUGUGGAGGGAGGGGUGGCAAUUGAUUCAGCUUCUGAUUCUUCUAUGGGUGUCUCGCUCAUUUUUAAAGAAAGGGGUGCAAUUUUCAGUACUACACGGCAUGCAAAGGAACCCAAUGGAAAGGCCCCCCUCUCCUUUUUGGUGUACCACAAGGGAACAGUAAUGCCGAAUUGCAUCUGCCUUUGGGUCCCCGAAUUGUAAAUAACAAUUUUCUAUUUUCCUUUUUUUUUUUUUUUUGGUGUUAACUGUAUGGAGAUGAAUAUUUUAAUUAGAUAAGUUAUACAAAACGAAUAAAUUUGUGUCUCAAUAAAAGCCAAACACUGGAA